AUGAAGACAAGACUCCUAACUUUACUCUUGCUGCAUUUCUUCGUGUCCGCGUACUGCAAAGUGAACCAGGACACAAUAGACGGUAAUAUCGUCAAUGCAAAAGUGGAUAGGAGACUAGAUAUCUCCAGCCAUUUGUUGAAGACGGUGACGUCCAUAACGUUGACAAAUAAAGGGUCGUCGGCCGUUCGACAUUUCCUUUUUGCUGUGGAUCCUACACUGAAGGACAGUCUUUCUUAUAUCAGUGCUUCUGUCAAAGAUCACAAAAGCGACAAGCUUGAAGUUUCGGAAACAAACGUCCCUGGUCAUAGUGACAAGAGGUUUUACCGUGUUGCUCUUCCAUCUUCCUUGGAGGCUGGUAAAACAGUGUCCAUUGAUGUUGAUGCGGUGUACACCCAUGUAUUGACACCAUUCCCUUCAUCAAUUACGCAGGCUGAGAAACAGCUUGUAGUGCUGGAGACAAACCUGUAUUUCUAUUCUCCAUACCCAACCACCAGCCAGACAACCACAGUUAUCACCGCAAACACUAAUGUUGAGUCUUACACUAAGACUAAACCUGUCUCCCAGAGUGACACUACCAUUAACUAUGGACCCUUUGAAGACACAGUUCCGUUUUCUGAGGCACCACUGAGAGUCCACGAGGAAAACAACAGUCCUUUCCUGACUGUGACCUACUUGGAGCGGCUUGUGGAAGUGUCCCACUGGGGCAACAUUGCUGUGGAAGAGCAUGUUGAUGUCAGACACACUGGGGCCACUUUGAAGGGACCGUUCUCUAGGUUUGAUUACCAGAGGCAGCAGGAUGGUUAUGCCUCAGUCAAACAAUUUAAGACUUCCCUGCCAGCCUCGGCACAUGAUGUGUACUACCGUGACGAGAUUGGCAACAUCUCCACAUCUAACCUGAGGGAGUCUGACGAGUCCGUAGAGGUAGAGCUUCGUCCCAGGUUCCCCCUGUUUGGAGGCUGGAAAACCAGAUACAUCCUAGGCUACAAUGUGCCUAGUUAUGAAUACCUUUUUAACAAAGGUGACCAUUAUGCUCUGAAGAUACGCUUCAUUGAUCACAUCUAUGAUGACAUGGUUGUGGAUGAAGUGCUUCUGAAAAUCAUCUUGCCCGAAGGAGCAAAAGACAUUCAGCUAAAAGUCCCCUUUGAUGUGGAGAGGAGAGGAGAUGAUGUUCACUACACCUACCUGGACACUCUUGGCAGACCCGUGGUUGUUCUCCACAAGCUAAACCUGGUGGAGCAGCACAUCCAAGACUUUGAGCUGCACUACACGUUUCAAAGACUUCGCCUUCUGCAAGAGCCUCUGUUGGUUGUUGGUGCUUUCUACCUGCUGUUUCUGGCCGUGAUCAUUUAUGUGAGGCUGGACUUUUCCAUCACCAAGGAUGAAGCCAAGGAAAGCCGCAUGCGGGUAUCUAGCCUAAUCGAUGAAGUCCAGAGUGCCCACGAUCGCCGCAGUGCACUGUAUCAGAGCUACGAUGAUGCUAUCAAUAAGUACAAGUCCAGCAAGGACCUGGCAGCAUUUGUGUUGAGUCGCAAGAAGAUUGAUGCCGAUUACAAGCAGCUGACACAGCAGAUUCAGAACCUCCAGGCUCAGUUGAAGGCUGAGGGAUCUGAUGCAGCAGAGAAGGUUUCUGAACUACAGCGCCUCGACGUGCUGUACAAAGAACAGAUUGCCCUAGCCAUUACAGCAGCGGAGAAACUGGUCGCUGGCAAGCUGGCGCGAGCCCAGUACCUGGAAAAUGAAGGUGCUAUCACUGGCAAGUGUGAAGAAACUUACAAAAAGAUGGAGUCCCUGCGCUCAGCCCUCUAA